GGUACCGAACGCACGUGUUUCCACCUCCCACUUUGGCGCGAAUAUUAAAUCGUAAAAAAUAAUGUACCUACCCAAAACUUAAUAAAAUAUUGUGAUGACAGAGACCAUUAGGUACAUAACUAGGAUUGUGUUUUUAACCAUACUUUACUAUGCAGUGAUAAGUGUGUAUAAAGAAAUAAAAAGAUAUUUGAGUGUGUUCGAAUACUUGGAACAAUCACACUGAUCGGAUUGCAGUUUUGAAAACAUUACGGUAUGUUCAGUUCAUGAAGGAAGAAUCAUAACGAUUUCAAAAUGGACGAGAAUAUCCAGAACGAGACGUUAUACGGCAGCCAAAGUGAACUUUCAAAGUUCUCACCAGGCUUGCUGACGUUCGCAGCAGUAAUGACUGGACUCAUCAUGCUAGUCGGGCUAUUUGGAAACCUACUUACAGUGGUAGCCCUGCUGAAAUGUCCGAAGGUGCGCAACGUCGCUGCGGCGUUUAUUAUUAGUCUCUGCUGCGCCGAUUUCUUAUUCUGCGCCAUGGUGCUUCCAUUCGCGAUAUCCGGCUUCUGGCAGCAGAAGUGGUCUCAUGGCGACGUUCUGUGCAAGCUGGUACCGUUCCUGCGGUAUGGGAACGUUGGAGUAUCACUGCUUAGUAUCGCUCUCAUCACGCUCAACCGAUACAUAAUGAUCGCCCACCACAGCUGCUACGGACGCGUGUACCGCAAGUACAACAUCGCGCUCAUGAUCGUCUUCUCGUGGCUGUUCUCGUACGGCAUGCAGACUCCGACGCUGAUCGGGAUAUGGGGUAAAUUCGACUACGAUAAAGAACUGGGAACGUGUUCCAUAGUGCCCGAUGACAACGGACGAUCCGCGAAGACCGCUCUCUUCGUCAUCGCUUUCUUGGUGCCAGCUCUGCUUAUUCUGAUGUGCUAUGCGAGAAUCUUCUGGGUAGUGCAUAGCUCAGAGCAACGUAUGCGCGAACACCAACGCUCGCAACACGCGAGCCCCGGCUCUCUAAACACAGACAAACGGUCCACAGUCAAAGAUAACAGGGAAACCAAAGCGAGAAGAAAUGAAUGGAGAAUCACUAAGAUGGUGCUGGCUAUCUUUCUCUCGUUCCUCGUGUGUUACCUGCCCAUCACUAUCGCGAAGGUUGCUGACAACCAUGUACAAUACCCUGUAUUCCACAUCGCCGGCUACCUCCUCCUGUACGCAAGCGCCUGCGUGAACCCGAUCAUCUACGUCAUAAUGAACGCGCAAUACCGCGCCGCGUACGCAGCGGCCCUGUGCUGCCCUCUAUCGAGGCUGUCGGGCCUCACCAGCGAAAUGGAACGAGCGUCACGGAUACAGCUACAGCAACACACGAACGGCGCUCAGCCAAGUAUCACUGGGGGAGUCCAGAGCGGACCCCAGGGCCUCAGCAGUCCCCACGGGGCCUCGCCGGUAGACCCCCGGCCGGCCCCCACCAGCUCGACUACGAAAAUCUCGAGCACGCCGAAAUCAAGCUUGAAAAACUCGAGCACACCGAAGUCAAGCUUGAAAAACUCGAGCACGCCUAGCUCCGUAAAAAUCUCGACUCCGAUACUCAAUAAACCGAGCUCUCUAAAAGUCGGGCCGGCAAGGGUGAGCCCUGUAGGACCCAAGAUCACCAGGUUCCAGAUUGGCAGCUACGGACACGGUGCUGAUAGGACGACCAAUAUAUAGCGCUCGUCGCUCGCUAUGAGAACCGACCAAAGAUUAUUCCAAAGAGUAUUUUAAGCACUUAAGCACUGCUUUGCGCCAAAUAUUUUGCCAAAUUUAUUUUAAGAUUUGACAAUGACAAACUUAGAGUAAGACGCACUGAGAUUCCACCAGAAUGAAGUAUUCAUAGUUUUAAUAUUUUUCAUGUAUUAUUUUAUUAUGCUUAUUUAAAUGGCGAUAUCUGAAUCAUUCUUAAAUAAAGUCCGUCCUGCUAGCGAGCGGCGAGUCAUUAUAAUGGUAAACAUAGUUUUAAUUAAUUGUAAAUAUUUGUAUAACAUUUGUAAAGUGAUAUUUAAAUGAAAUACAAAUGUAUCUCCGAUGAAUUUUACAUGUUGCAACUGUUUUAAAAACAGUGUUCGUGUUUUGUUAUACAUUCCUUUUAUGUAAAGUUUAGAUCUGUUUUCUAUUUAGGUAUUUAUAAGUGAAAACACAUUCCAAACAUGUUUUUAGAGCAGAAACUAAAAUAAGAAGUAGUGAAUUAAUGUUUUACCAAUGGUUUUGCAUAAUAAAAAUUAAUUAUAUAUCCUUCAAAAGUUUCAGCAGAAGUUGUGGACAAACACGGAUGCCGGAUGUAGGAAAUUUAAAUAUUCGAAAAGGAAAACACACAGUUUUAAACAAUUUAAGUAGCCCUUGUAAACACUUUGUUAAAUGUUUGCACGAAACUAAAAGUAAAUACUUAUGUUAUUCUCUAACAAUUAUCGAUGUUAUAAAUUUGUAUGAAAACUUCCCUAGUACCUACAUUAAGCUAUAAAAGCCUCGUAAUCGCUAAUGCGCAAAUAUUUCAUACAAAAGGUUUUAUUUGAUUUGAUUUCGCAGUUUGUUUCAUGACAUGAAUGUUUGUUAAGUAUGACCUAGUUACCUAUUUCACCAUUCAGACUCAGACCAUUGGUCAGACAUAAAACACUCGAAUGAACGGAUGCUAAGCUCCGUUCUGCCGAUCGUAACAAUACCAGGAACUCCGGGCUUA